AUGCCCGCAAAAGCUGAGAAACUAGCAGAGGAGACCAGCGCCGUCCAGGACAUCGUGCCGACGGGAGAUCAGGGCGGGGGCCGUAAAACAGUGCAGCCGCAGGUUGCCGAUGCCAAUCCCAAAGAAUAG